UAACUCGCCCUGCGCGCGUAGUGCCACCGCCCCGGGGCGCCCCAUUGCCUCGUCUCCCGCGCCCACCGCGUCCUCCGCGUCCUCCGCGUCCCUCUGCAGUAACAGAUGCCUCUGCAGUAGCAGAUGCCUCUGCAGAGGGCCCUCCUCCACGCCCGCCACGCCCGCUACGCCCGCUACGCCUGCCACGCCUGCUACGCCCGCUACGCCUGCGCGCUACAGAGGACUCGCCCUGCGGUUGAUUCGAACACGGGGUACCCUUAUGGCAACUUCCGCUACAUUCGGUCCCUGCCUUGUGGCAAACACACUUAUUGUUAGCAUACGCCCCUCUGCACCCGCAGCGAGCACUGAUCAACCCCAUUAAGGCACCUGACUAGCGGGCUACACUACGUAGUGUAACAGUACUGUUUGCUUCGGGUGUAUCAAGCUGCUGCUGAUUAGGGCCCUACGAGUUAUCCAGUAGUCGUAGUAGAUACGGGGCAAUAGGCCGACUAAUAAUGCCGUAAGGAGUCUUUACACGGUACCCACGGCUUGAUUCGUCUCCUAUUAUCUCAUAGAUCACACCAAUCACGGACGGCAGCGA